CAGAUCCGUGAAUGUCGGGACAGUGAAAAGGCGGCUUCGACUCUUCUGGAGUUUAAUUGUUUUUGCGUCCAAAUGAUGAGGAAUAAUAUCAACAGAACAACCUUCUUCAGUCUCUUCAUGCUGGUCAUUAAUGGUGUGUUUGUUGCUGAUAGAGAUGGAGUAAAAUCAGUGUCAGUGAUGGAGGGAGAUUCUGUCACUCUACACACUGAUCUUACUGAAAUACAGAGAGAUGAUCAGAUACUGUGGCAGUUUGGACCUCAAGAGACUCGUAUACUCACUAUCUUUAAUCAGAUGAUCUCUACAUAUAAUAGUCAUGAGAGAUUUGGAGACAGACUACAGCUGGACAGACAGACUGGAUCUCUCGCCAUCAGAAACAUCAGAAUCAUUGAUUCUGGACACUUUAAACUAACUAUCCUCAGCGACACGGGGAACUCAGAGAAGAGAUUCGAAGUUACUGUCUAUGCUCCUCUGCUCACUCCUGUAAUGACCAGAGACUGUCCACAAAAACAUUCAGCACCACAAAGAUCAUCAAGCCCAAAAUGUGUCUUGCAAUGUUCAGUAAUGAAUGUGACACACUGUGGCAAUGUGACUCUCUCUUGGUACAAAGGAAACAGUUUAUUCUCCUCCAUCAGUGUGUCUGAUCUCAACAGCAGUCUCUCUCUACCUCUGGAGGUGGAAUAUCAGGAGAACAACACCUACAGCUGUGUGAUCAGCAAUCACAUCAGCAACCAGACAAAACAUCUCAACAUUACUGAAGUCUGUCAGACAUGUCCAGAUUCCUCUCCUAUCCAUCAUAAAAUGGUUUUUGCUGCAUGUAUUCCUGCAGUACUUUUAGCUGUACUUGUAUGUGUGAUGUACAUCCUCAACAGGAAACACAGAAGAUCAGGGCAAAAAGAUAGUUUUGAUGCUUCUCUGCAUGUAGUUGAAACAGUUGAGAUGGAGAUGGAAGAUGUGCUUUACACCGAAACAACAUUUUGUAAAAAAGGUCCAAAAAAGAAGCCUAGUGGGAUAGAAGAGACGAUAUACGCAAGCGUCGUCACAUGAUAAACAGCAGGAUCUGAUUUCACCACCAUAGUUUUGUAAACAGGCGUUUGUCUGUUUUUGCACUAGAUUCAGCCCUGCUCACUUCGAAGAAAUCCUACAUGACAGAGAGGUUUAACUGGAUUAUAUUUAUCUUUAUUUUUUGAUAAUCAGUAUUCUUAUUUUGACCCCUUAGGAUGGUAACCUUUGUUUUAAAGGAGCUCUGAAUGCAAGCUCUGAAGGAAUAUGUUUGGCAAUGCAAUUAGCUUUUUUUUUAAGUUGAUAAACUGAAUAUUAUUUAAAGGAAUAGUUCCCUACAAAUGAAAAUUCUGUAAUCAUUUACUCACCCUCAUGUUGUCCCAAACAUGUAUGGCUUUCUUUCUUCUGUGGAACACCAAAGGAGAUAUUUUGAAGAAUGGUGAUGCUGCUCAUUUUUUCUUUUUGUUUUCAUAUAAUGAAAAUGAAUAGUGCCUGAGCCUAAACAUUCUACUUUACAUCUCUUUUUGUGUUCCACGUAAGAAAGUAAGUCCUAUGGGUUUGGAAUAACAUGAAGAUGAGUUAAUUAUUUUAUUUAUUUUUUUGGGUGAGCUUUCACUUUAACAGUGCCUUAGAUUUUCAUUGGACUGCUCGUGCAAGCACCACACACUCACACUUUAUUUUUACCAUGAUCAAUGGAAACAUGGGUAAAUGCAUUACGCUGCAUUCAAGCCAAAUCUAUGCCUUUGUGUGCAAGAACCAGCCAGUCUAGGAGGACUUUUUCCAACAGAAAAAAUUUGACUGAAUUUUUUUUUUGCAUAUACAUUUGCAUGCAAAGCGAGUCACAGUGAGCACAAAAAAAAAAAGCUAUAACUCACUGAAGUAUUAUAUAGGAACCACAAAAUGUUUGUGUGCUGGAGACAUUCAUAGCCAAACGCAAAAAUAUUUUUCAUUUCAUUGCUUGUCCUGUAGAAUGCUUAAAUUAAAAUAAUUUUUUGCUUUCUUGAAAAACAAAAUUUACUGUACAAUGUUCAUUUUCAUUGUAUGUGGACUGCAACAGAUUUGCUUUGUUGUAUUUUUCACUGUUGAAGAACUAGAGUCUAAUGCUUCCUUUUGAAAGCAUCAGUUUCAGGUCAGAAAAGUUCUGCCCUUCUCCUACUGUCCCAUUCUGUUGCACAGUCCACGUACGGUAUUUUGUGGACUAUGCAAUGAUUGUUCUUACGACAAAAGCCACAAGAGCCCAUUAAACCCCCAAGUCUUACACACGCUAUUAUACUAUAUGUUACAUUCAGAGUCACACUAUGCUGCAUCUGCUGAAAUGUUAAAGUUUUUUUUUUUACUAUUUGUCAUUCUUUUAUUUAACUAUGUUUCAUAUUCAUGUUUGUCAUCAUCAUUUCAUUGUUAUAUUGCAACAAGUUUGCUGCAUGUGGAGAAAAUGUGAAUUUUUAUAUGCAUGGUCCAUUACCCCUUAUCACAUUUCUUUGUAGCAUUGCAGCUGAAUUCCUGCAACUUGUAUUUGUAGGAUAAAUGGUGUGGCUAUGCAGAGUCUGUGGAAUAAUGUUUCCGAUAUGCACUGAGUUAGGUGCUGAAUCUCAAAUUACAGCAUUAAUGAGGAAGCCCAUAUGAAAAUGUUGUAGAGCCACUGUAAGCGAUGUACGGAGCCCCGUUAGGCCCAUGGGAAAGAAACAAAAGUCCCUUGCAAUACAUUUUAGUUAGCUCACAAUACAUUUACCAUGGUUUUACUACAGUAACCAUAUUUUAACCAUGAUAGCCAUAGUGAAACCAUAGUGAUAAUAGAGGAAAAUGAAAACUAUGGUAAUAAAAAUCAUAAAUUCAAAAUAUCACAGUUGCUAUGCAAAUACCAUAGUUUAACUAUGGUUUUUGUACUAUGAACAAACAUUAACAAUGAAAACAAAAUGUUAACAAAGAUUAAUAAAUACCGUAAAACAUAUUUUGAUCAUUGUUAGUUAAUGAUACCUAAUGCAUUUACUAAUGCUAACAAAUGUAACCUUACAAUAAAGUGCACUGUAGUAACCAUAGUUUUUGGCAGAAAACAUGUUUUUUUCUAUAGUAGCUAAUAUUGUAGUAACCAUGUUUUUUAGGCUAACGGUUUUUUAUUAUUAUUAUUAUUUUUUUUAAUUUUUUUUUUUUUUUGAUGGAAACCAUGGUUUAACUAUAGUAAUAUUGUAGUAACUAUGAAAAGUAUGUUUUUUUUGACAGAAAACAUGGUUUAAUAACAGUGUACUGUAUCCAUAUAGUAACCAUGGUUUUACUAUAGAUUACCAUGGUUAAUCUUGUGGUUACUAUAGUUUUACUAUAUCGUUUUUGUUCUCCUGUAUUCUGAUUGGUCAAUCGCGCCAAUCAGUGGUCUAAUAUUCCUAUAUAAUGACCACACAUCCAAAGUGAUAUCAGUCAUCGGUUAUGGUGAGUUAUCUUUCCUACUUCUACUAUCACUCUCGCGAUCUCUGCAAGUAAGAUAAAAUAAUUUCAACUCAAAUCAGUAUGUCAUGUCUCAUGUCCAUUUAUUUAUCUUAUUAAAAUUAUAAGUAGUCUUGGAUGGUCCUGUUUGUAAAAUAAAUGUCAACAGAACUCCCGACGCAAAACGGAGGUGGAAUUUGGCUAAUUCUAUCUGAGCAACUACUGGGCGGCGCCAUGAUGAUUCUAACUGCCUGUUUUCUGUUUCUGGUCUCGAGAUGCAAUGUAAAACUAACCGAAAUGAGCGAUCCAGAUGGAGAACAACAACCAUUUAAGUGUUGUUUUGAGUAAAAAUGAAUUUCACGCUCAACUUUUGCAGAUUUUGGCUGUCAUAACAACUUAAAGUAGUUAAUGAUAUCAGCGUAACUAACCUCGGACCAUCGCUUCAUGUCAUCUACAUACUGAGGUAGUCAAAAAAAAAAAACGUCAUAUCGACUCUGUGAAAUAUCAGCACUAUCGAGCCAUGUUUUUUGACAAUUUCUACAAAUGUAAUACUUUACCCACUAAGUAUAUAUGCCAGUGCAGGUGAAAACACUGGAGACCGGAAAUUGAAAACAGGCGAAUCGUGGAACACUUCCACGUUCUGGAAAAGGUGGAUAGAGUUUGUAAGUUCUUUCUUACAUAAUAAAGUAGCCAAUUGCAACACAAAUCAAUAUUUCAAUUGUCAUUAUGUCCAUUUAUUUAUUUAUUUGGUAGGUAGUCGUGUAGUAAUGGGAUAAUGUACAGUCAGAUGGUCAUUAUUGCAAAAUAAACCCCUGUAGAAUGAUCAGAGGCGUGGAUUCCAGGGGGGAUGGGGGAGAGGUAAGCCCUCUAUUAUGGGUUGUAAUCAAAACAAGCAAUUACAACCCAUAUAUAUUUAUACCAUUAUCAAUGGAAACAUAUAAAUGCUUCACGCUGCAACCCCCCCAAUGUUCAAGCCAAAUCUACACCCUUACGGGUGAUGCAUGAUCCCGAUCACCCUUUGCAGGUUUACUUUAGUUUGCAAAAACGGCCGGCUUACUUAAAGGUGCUGUAAGCGAUUUUAACAGUUCUAGAACUUCACAUAGCAAAAAAGGUAGCAAAAUAGCAUUAUCAAACUUGGCUUGUAUUAACGAACAUCAAAAAUGACCGUGGCCCGCAGCCAAUUUUUUCCACCUACCAUUUACAGAAAUUAGCGCUGUGAUAUUUCAUUGCACCUGCUUAUUAUUUCAUUUUUUAAAAAUCACAACACCCAACGGCUCUCAUACUCAAUUCUGAUUGGUUUUGCGAGUCAUCUUUCCUACUCCUAAAAAAAUAAAUACAUUGAAACCACUCUACAAGUAAGAUAAUAAAAAAAUAUAAAUUCAAAUCAAUGUUUGAUGAUCAUGUAUUUAUUUAUUUGGUAUGUUAAAGCAGGAUGAGUAUUCCAUUCCACGUUGGCAUCCUGACCACCCCUUCGGGGUUGAUUUUGUGAACGAUGACACCAGCUGACUGUACAAUAUCCCCGAUACAGCCCACAAAACGAAAGUGUGACCUAUUAAACACAAGUGCCCAUUGUGCCCCACAAAGGGGCCUCAGUUUGUUCCUGGGAAGCAUCUUAAUCCCAACCAAAUGAUUACCCUGCAAGGAACAAUCAGAGGCACCUUUCUUCCAUCGCCAACACAAGUACUGGCCCAUUGUACAAAGGAGCCUCGGUUUGUCCCUGGCAGACAGCCCUAACCCCACCCCCACACU